AUGGAUGCUCUCUCAAAAGCUAUUGAUGGCUACGUCGACCAACUCAAAGCCACAUUUGAAGGAAAGAUUGACUUUGAAGGCCAAAGGAAGGCUGAUCAGUUGAACAACCUGAUCCUUUCACUCACAACUGUUAUCGCACUGGUCGCAGGAUAUGCCUUGCAAUCCAUGCUUUUGACAUUCGGAAUCUACGGCGCUGGGUUUUUAACUGCUCUCCUGGUGGUUGUCCCUCCUUGGCCAUGCUACAACAAGAACCCGGUCAACUGGCUUCCUUCAUCGAAAAAACAGGGCAAGGUGAAAACUAAGUAG